AUGCACACUGUAUCUAAGAGCAGCAUCGAGUUGCGGUUUCAUUCCGUUCAUAAUGAAUUUUCAAAGGUCUUGACUUUUUUAACUUUGCCGAAAAUCGCUGAUCUUGUGCCAGAAGAAAUCUUCCCGCGCGAAAUGCUUAAGAUCCCGGCCAAUAUAAAACUAGCCGAUCCUCGGUUCCACAUUCCUCAACCGGUAGAUAUGUUGAUCGGAUCCGGGGCCACCUUAUCAUUGCUUUCAAUCGGCCAAAUCAAUUUGUCACGCGACAAUUGCGAUUUGGUUUUGCAAAAAACGCAAUUAGGUUGGGUAAUUGCUGGAGGUUCGAGCAGCGAAGAAGGGAGUUCUAUAGCUGCAUGUAACUUGGUUAAUUUAUCCGAACAAUUGGCCAGGUUCUGGAUAAUCGAGGAUGCGAACUCUAAAUCUUCGAGAACGUCAGAGGAAUCUUUGUGCGAAGCUCAUUACGUGAACGGUACGGUGCGCGACGCGAACGGCCGGUACGUGGUACGUUUGCCAUUUCGGAAUGGUGAUCGCGAUCUCGGCAACUCACGCUCUCAGGCUCUAAGGCGCUUCCAUUCUUUACGGCGAAGGUUGGAUUCGAACACCAAUUUGAAGGUCGAAUAUCACAAGGUGAUGCAGGAAUAUAUUGAUAUGGGUCACAUGUUUCUUAUUAGUAACGAAUCCGCCAAUGGUUACUAUAUGCCUCAUCAUGCCGUAACCAAGACUUCCAGUACCACCACCAAGGUACGCGUGGUGUUCGAUGCAUCAGCCAAAACAGACAAAGGCAUUUCUUUAAAUGACGCUUUGAUGGUCGGUCCGACCAUACAGCCUACUCUUUUUGAACAGCUUCUGCGCUUUCGCUCACAUGCAUACGUUUUGACGGCCGACAUCGAAAAGAUGUAUCGGCAGGUGUUAGUCCAUCCUGAGGACCGCCAGUUUCAACGUAUCUUUUGGUAUCAUAACCACGAAGUCAAGGUCUGGGAACUCAGUACUGUAACUUUUGGUGUGUCAUCCUCUGCUUUUCUGGCAAUUCGCACGGUGUCGCAGCUCACAGACGAUGAAAGCGCGAGAUUUCCCCGGGCUUCUCAAAUUUUAAAACGAGAUUUGUACGUCGAUAAUCUUCUAACGGGUGCUAAUUCUCUGGAAGAAAUCCUGAUAAUUCGUGACGAGAUUAUCGAGCUUUUGAAGCAAGGUGGUUUCAACAUGCGGCAAUGGGCCUCCAAUCAUCAUCAUGCGCUCGACAACAUAUCCGAAAAGAUUUUGAAUCUUGAUCACGCGAUCGAAGAAAAUCCGGUUCUGAAGACGCUUGGAGUUGUCUGGAAUUCGCAAUUGGACAAAUUUGUUUAUACAGUCAAUUCAAUCGAUAUGUCUGUUAGGAUUACUAAACGGAGCAUUUUGACUAACAUCGCCAAAAUCUUUGAUCCGAUAGGAUUGCUGGGUCCCGUUAUUUUGUCGGCAAAGAUCAUCAUGCAAGAUUGUUGGAGGGUUAAGAUUGAUUGGGACGAGACGGUACCACAAGAAAUACACUCUAGGUGGAGUCGAUACGCAGGGCAUCUCUAUCUUAUUCGUGAUAUGAAUGUGGACCGUCGAUUUUUAACUGAAAAUCCGAUCGGAAUUGAAGUACAUGGUUUCUGUGACGCGAGUAAACGUGGCUAUGGUGCGUGCAUUUACAUUCGAUCGAAUGAUGCUGGCGGACGUGUUCAUGUCCGUCUGGCAUGCUCCAAAUCUCGAGUCGCUCCGAUCAAGGAGAUCACAAUUCCGCGGCUGGAAUUAUGUAGCGCGCAGAUUCUCGCUCGACUUUAUAAGGAAGCGUGUCCAACUUUCAAUUUUCCGAUAAGCCGUUUGAUAUUCUGGUCAGAUUCCACAAUUGUAUUGCAAUGGCUCAAGAAAUCUCCGCGUUUGUUGAAGACGUUUGAGGCAAAUCGUGUUGCGGAGGUGCAAGCUCUGGAUAGUUCAGUCGAGUGGCGUCAUGUUCGAACCAACGAUAAUCCGGCAGACGCAUUAUCGCGAGGACAGGACCCUUCGGAAUUUCUUCAAAACCACAGCUGGUUUGAAGGACCUGACUGGCUCGGGCAGCCAGAAAGCCAGUGGCCUGUUGGCAUCGAUCUUCCCAUUUCGGAGCUGCCUGGAUUGAAGAAACACGUCUGCUUAGUUUCGGCUGUGGCCGCCCAUGAAUUCUUUGAGCGUUUUUCUUCGUACUCAAGGCUGCUAAACGUUGCAUCAUUCUGUUUUCGUUUUUGUCGUUCGGGUAAAUUCAAGGGAAAGGCUAUUACUGUCCCGGAGAAAUUAGAGACGGAGAGGAAAAUUAUUCGGCUUAUUCAGCGGGAACGUUAUCCCGAGGAAAUCGAGCGGUUGUCAAGAUCGAACCGAGUCAAGAGCAAUAGGCUCGCUGCGCUUGAUCCGUUUCUGGACGAGUACGGGUUGCUUCGCGUCGGCGGCCGAUUGGUCAACGCAAAUAUUUCCUCUGGCCAGAAACAUCCUCUGCUUCUUCCGUCAUAUCAUCAUGUCACUGACUUGAUCAUACGAGAGACUCAUCAGAAUGCUUAUCAUGCAGGCAUUCAAAGCACUCUACAUACUAUACGGCAUCGGUUUUGGCUCCUCGACGGCAAAAACCAAGUCAGGAAGAUCGUACGUCGCUGCGUUACAUGCAUUCGAUACCGACCGUCUCCGCUGCAGAUUCACAUGGGGAAUUUGCCUAGAUCACGCGUGGAAAGGGCUCCCGCUUUUGAUCACACAGGCGUAGAUUUCUUUGGUCCUAUUUUCAUCAAGGAGAAAAAAUAUCGCAACAGAGCACAAGUCAAGUCUUAUGGCUGUGUUUUUAUCUGUAUGGCCACGAAAGCGGUACAUAUAGAAAUCGUAAGUGAUUUGACGACUGAGGGUUUCUUAGGCGCGUUUCGGCGUUUCAUCGGCCGCAGGGCCAUUCCAUCUCAUGUUUAUUCCGACAACGGGACGAAUUUCGUAGGCGCAAGCAAUCAACUUCGAGAGUUAUACGUCUUAUUCGGUUCUGAGCAGUUCCAGGAGGGUGUAAAUAAUUUUUCUAUACGGAAAAACAUUGAAUGGCACUUCAAUCCACCUCUGUCUCCGCAUUUUGGCGGUAUUUGGGAAGCCGCAGUGAAAUCCUUCAAGCAUCACUUCAAGCGCGUCGUAGGGGGACAGCUUCUAACUUUCGAAGAACUUAAUACGCUGGCUAUCGAAAUCGAGGCGAUUUUGAAUUCUCGUCCUUUGUGUUCGAUCAGCACUGAUCCCAAUGAUCCUGUCGCACUGACACCGGCGCAUCUUUUAGUAGGACGCCCGCUUACCGCACUGCCCGAAGAGGAUCUGUCAUCAGUUCCGAGUAAUCGUCUUACGACAUGGAGAUUCUUGUCGAAGGCUCGUCAGGAUUUCUGGAAAAGAUGGCAACUGGAGUAUUUGGGAGAGCUGCAAAGGAGACAAAAAUGGUUCGGAGUUAAUGACAAUCUUAAACUCGGAACCGUUGUCCUUAUCAUCGACAAGAGGCAACCUUGCAUGAGGUGGCAACUGGGAGUGGUCCUUGAAGUUCAUCCUGGAAACGACGGAAACAUUCGAGUCGCUACCAUAAAGACGGCACAAGGAACGUUUAAAAGAAACAUCACGCAGUUAUGUCCGUUACCCGAUGUAGCUUGA